AUGUCCCACGAAAAGAGUUUCUUGGUGUCUGGAGACAACUAUCCUCCCUCCAACCCUGGCUAUCCUGGGGGACCCCAGCCUCCAGUGCCUCCCUAUGGGCAGCCUCCCUACCCUGGGGUUCCUUACCCUCAGCCCUCUUUCCAGCCUGCACCCUAUGGUCAGCCCGGAUAUCCCCAGGGCCCCUCUCCCUACCCCCAGGGUCCCUACCCCCAGGGAGGUUACCCACAAGGGCCCUACCCCCAGGGAGGUUACCCACAAGGGCCCUAUCCCCAGAGUCCCUUCCCCCCCAACCCCUAUGGACAACCGCAGGCCUUCGAUGUGCAGGACCCAGACUCUCCUAUUCGGGGGAACUAUCACGAAGAAAGACCCCCAUCUUACUAUGACAACCAGGACUUCCCUGCUACCAACUGGGACGACAAGAGCAUCCGGCAGGCCUUCAUCCGCAAGGUGUUCCUGGUCCUAACCCUGCAGUUGUCAGUGACCUUGUCGUCUGUGGCUGUGUUCACGUUCGUCCGGGGCGUGAAGGAGUUUGUUCUGGCGAAUGUCUGGACCUAUUAUGUCUCCUACGCGGUCUUCUUCGUCUCCCUCAUCGUCCUCAGUUGCUGCGGGGAAUUCCGGAGAAAGCAUCCCUGGAACCUUGUGGCACUGUCGAUCCUGACUGUCAGCCUGUCCUACAUGGUGGGCAUGAUCGCCAGUUUCUACGACACUGAGGCUGUCAUAAUGGCCGUAGGCAUCACUACCAUCGUCUGCUUCACGGUUGUCAUCUUCUCAAUGCAGACCCGCUAUGACUUCACCUCGUGUAUGGGGGUGCUCCUGGUGAGUGUAGUGGUGUUGCUUGUGUUUGCCAUCCUCUGCAUCUUCAUCCGGAACCGCAUCCUGGAGAUCGUGUAUGCCUCACUGGGUGCCCUGCUCUUCACCUGCUUCCUGGCAGUGGACACCCAGUUGCUGCUGGGAAACAAGCAGCUGUCGCUGAGCCCCGAGGAGUAUGUGUUCGCUGCCCUGAACCUGUACACAGACAUCAUCAACAUCUUCCUGUAUAUCCUCGCCAUCAUUGGCCGCGCCAAGGAGUAG